GGCUAUAUUGGUUGUGACAUGGGAAAGGAUGAGGGUAUCCCAGUGAGAGUGGCAUUACGCUGCCGUCCUCUUGUGUCCAAGGAGAUAAAUGAAGGAUGUAAGACAUGCCUUACAUUCAUACCAGGAGAGCCUCAGGUGAGUGGCAUAUAACCUAGCUUGAGCUGUGUUUAUUGCAUAAUUAAUUUUGAUUCAUAUCCUUAUCUUUUUGUUUUUUAUUUAAACAGCUAAUUGUGGGUACCGAAAAGUCGUUUACUUAUGAUUAUGUCUUUGAUCCAACAACUGAGCAGGAAGAGGUCUAUAAUGCAGCCGUUAGUCCUCUAAUUAAGGGGUUGUUUAAAGGUAAUUUUUUUUUUUUCUUUUUCUUUUGAUUUCUAAUUUUCUAUAGUACAGAGAUAAGAAUGGCAUUGUACUUGGUGAUAAAUGUGACUGCAGGUAAAAUUUAAAAAUGGUUAAAGAGACAUGCAUCUGUCAUGAUCCGCCUCUUAGGCUGACAUCAGCAGAAUUGAUGAUCUUAUCCAAUCCAAUGCUUUAUCAAUGGGAGAUCUGCAAGGAGGUGAGCCGGGACCAAACGCCGCCCUAGUCAAUCCGUAUCUCCUCUAUGGGGAAAGCACAGUGUCUCCAUCUGAAGCCUGGAGACUCUGCACACUGUGCAACACUGCCCCAGGUUGCACCUCCAAUGGCCACUUGAGGUGUCCCUAGGCUGUAAUGUAAACACUGCCUUUUCUCAGAUGUGUACUGCAAAAAGCCUGCAGAGACUGACUAGACUCCACAAGAACACAUUAAGCUGUAGUUGUUCUGGUGACUAUAGUGUCCCUUUAAAUAUCAUUUGCAUUUUAUUAUAAACUGGCUCUGGCUCUUUCCCCCCCACCCCCCCUGCUAUCACGAGGUGGGUGUUUUUAAAUAAAUUUUAUUAUUGGGAAAACUCUGUAAUGCCAAAUAGAAUACUGUUGUGUGGACAAAGUAAGCCGCAGAAUUAGAUCUACUUUGACCAGUUACAUUGCAUUAAUCCGUGGUUUUGUUAAGUUUGGAAUUGUUGGUUAGAUAACACAGCAGAACUGUGCAUUCGUUUUGAAAGUUUAACUGCAACGUGUACAGACUAAUGGUGUCUUAACACAUUUUUCCUUUUGAAAUGUUGAUAAAGUAUGUCUUGAUUUUAACUAAAAGAUUCUUUGAAGUAUGUUGCAUGAAGUUGUUGUGCCCAGUAAUAUGCCUAUGGUUCCUUUAAACCAACGCUUUUGUGUUAAAAUGUUUCUUUGUUACAUUUUGCAAAGAAUUGGAGAGGUAAAACAUACAAAGCAAAUAUGUAUAUCAAUGAGCAAUUUAACAGAUAUAUAGUUGAAAAUAGAACAUCUCAAAGUAAGCUGUGCUCAGCAUGUGAAAACUGUAAACUGUAAGAUAAUCAGUAAUAUCAAACAUGCACGAAAUGAAAAUGCAUGGUAAAGCAAAGCCUAGGUAGGCGAGAGAAGGAAAAAAACCUCCAUUACCUACCUAAGGAUAGCUUUACACAGUAACGGGAAAUGACAUCGCAUUAGUAUGUAAUUAAAAGAACACUCCCAAACACCAUAACAACUACACUUUUAAAGUAGAACUGUCAAUGCUAUGAUUAAAGGAAAACUUUAAGCACCAUAACUAUUACAGCUUGGUGGUUUUCAUGCCAGGUGUACUUGGUGGUGGCAAUUUUCACAGUGGGGCCCCAUGGUUUCUAGUUACACCUCUGCGUGCUUGACAGACUCAGUCAUGCAGGUUGAAGACCUCUUCACUUUGCAACAUCUUGACCAGGAGAAGAGGCUGUCUGAUCAGUGCCAGGUUUUUCUCCUGCUGCUUUUCAAUGAUGCUCUGCUUCUGUUAAUCCAUAUAUGGCACACAUAAUUAGAAUGGUAUAAACUGUCACGUGUUGAAAAGGCCAAUGGGAAGCUGAAAUGUUUUAGUGGGUUUCUAUCUUUUUGGGGCAGAGUGGAAAAUUAUUUAACACAUUGGACAAAUAGAUUUUGUUUUGUUUGGCAGAUGCCUUUGUCAUGAAGGGGCUAAACUAGUUUGACUUUAAAAUUUAUUUUUUUUCUUUAAAUCUUUUCUGUAAAGGCUACAAUGCUACAGUACUUGCCUAUGGACAGACUGGUUCUGGGAAGACCUUUUCAAUGGGAGGCGCAUAUACUCAUGAUCAAGAAAAUGAACCAACUGUGGGAGUCAUUCCACGCGUUAUCAAGGCACUCUUCGAUGAAAUAGAACAACGAACAGAUUGGGAGUUUCAAUUAAAAGUUUCUUAUUUAGAGGUUUGUUUCCUUAUUUCUCUUGAGCAAAAGGCUAAAACCAUAACAUGCAGACAAAAAAAAAGUAUGAUGCCAAAUAACACUAUAAUACUUUUUUGUGUGUGUAAUUGUGCGAUAAUUGCCUUGCUGCACCAGCUUGGUGCUUUUUUUAAUAGAGAACCAGAAUCUAGGGCUUCUCUGAGAACCAUUCAUAAUAUUCAUUGGCAUCAUGCUAGGAGUGAUGAUGUUUAAUGUGAAGACCUGAGACUUGCAUUUCUUUAAUGAGGAAGUACCUUUAGUGGCUGUCCUGAUGUCCGCAUAACCACUGAUGAGGUGAUCAUAACUAGUGUACACAAAUGGGAACUCACCAUAAACUAGACAAAAUUGGAGAGCAUGCGUGUGACAUGGGAAUAAGGGGAAGUUGGCAUGUAAUGGGAGUAUGCAAAAUAUAGGGUGAUCUAAAGGUGUUCAAAAACACUCUUGCGCACUGGCCUCUACAAAUACAUCCCUGAAAUUGCACACAUUAACACUUUGCACAACUACACUACUGCAUUCACAUCUACUGAAUCGCUGUAAAAUGCUGGACGUAUACAUUUUGAGAGAGAGAAAGGUCUGCCUCUCUAGGUUAAGCGCAAUGGUUGUGUUUUAGGAGUAAUGUGUCCUAUGAAGGCUUCUUUUUAGCUUGACUUUUGCCUUGAGUUGCUUGUAUAUCAGUGAUUGUGUUUUCAUUCACCAUGGAUAGUUUUUAAUGCUUGAUUUAUUAUUAUCUUAUACUUUGUUUUUACUCUUCAGAUCUACAAUGAAGAAAUAUUGGAUUUAUUGGACUCUCAUAAAGACAAGUCUAGUUCAAUAAGCAUACGCGAAGACCCCAAAGAGGGAAUUAAGGUAGGGCUUUGGAGAAAGGGAGAAGAAAAACAAAUUGGUGGCAGGCAUAUUAUUAAACAGUUUAUUUGAAGUAAGCAGCAGAUACUUAAUGUAAACUGUCUGAUUCACUUUAAUGAAUUGAUAAAUACAAAUGUUGAUUUAUUUUAUGUUGUCCUAAUUACUUGUAAAUGGACCCUUCCCUAUACUACCUCUUUAGAUUUUCGGUUUGACAGAACGUGACGUGAAGGCUGCCUUUGAUACAGUGCAUUGCUUGGAACAAGGGAAUAAUUCUCGAACUGUAGCAUCUACAGCUAUGAACUCCCAGUCAUCUCGUUCACAUGCUAUCUUCACUAUCGCUAUUGAUCAAAGAAAGGUGGGAGAAAAGUGAGUAAACUGAUUUUCUACUGUGAAUGUGCCACAAUAUCAAGAGUUUACUAAAUAUUCUUUAACCUGUUCACUACAGAAAUUGUGUAUACACAAUUUUAAAGUUAUGCUGCUCCUACCCCAGAGUUGUGUAUAAUUUGCAAAAUUGCAAACAAAUUUAUAUUCCAAACCUAAAUAGUCUGCACUCUUGGUUAAACAUCAGAAACGUAAGAGUCUAGCUUUCUUGCAGCAUCACCUAUACUAUUUGGCUAUUUACAUUCAGGUUGUCUGAUGUGCAGUGAGAAGCAGCUUCUCUAAAUUACUCCCCUAAAGUCCAUUCCUGUACACAAUUGCCUCAAACAGGCUAAGGGAUAACCUUAGCCUUGUCUAUUGCUCACUGGAUUACUAAUACAGAGGUUCCAUUUCACUAUCAGUGAUAUCAUCUUAUGAGAAAAACCUAUAUAAUGUAGUAUAGAACUCCUUUCAUAGUAAAAAAAAAAAAGUGCUCCACACAGUACAUGAGUUUCUGCACCCAAUAGGCAUUAUUUAUUUUGGUGACAUUUGCCAGGAUUUCCCUUUAACCCCUUAAGGACCAAACGUCUGGAAUAAAAGGGAAUCAUGACAUGUCACACAUGUCACACCAAAAAUUAUGGGACACUCCAGGGCACUUCUGGCAACAUAACCACCAUGGGGAUGCUGUAAUUCUUUUGUUUGGAGGGUUACCAUGCUAAUUUUGUUUGUUCAUUUUCUAAUCUUUACAGAAAUAGCAGUUUUCGCUCAAAAUUACAUCUUGUAGACCUUGCAGGAUCUGAAAGGCAGAAGAAGACAAAGGCUGAAGGUGAUCGUUUAAAAGAAGGUCAGUCUAAUCGUACAGUAUAUUCUAUAUCCAGGGAUGCAGUUGUGUGUGAAAAUAUCCAGUAAUUGAACUUUCCUGUAUGAAAUAGCUGUGGUUAGAAUUUUUCUGAUUUUUGCCAUGUAAAAAUUGAAUGCAUUAUCUGUGCCUUUGUUUCAAGUAAGAGGAUCUGCUAUGCAAUAUCUAAACAUCGUAUUAGACUUUUUUUUUUUUUUUAACAUUUUAUACUCUUUCUGAAAAGCUGUAUAUUUCUCUGUUCUUAUUUAGGGAUCAGUAUUAAUCGUGGUUUAUUGUGCCUGGGAAAUGUCAUCAGUGCAUUGGGAGAUGAAAGUAAAAAAGGCAAUUUUGUCCCCUACAGAGACUCCAAACUCACUCGCCUAUUGCAAGGUUAGAAUCUCUUCAAUACAAAGCCGGGUGCAUUGUUUUCUUUACUGUAUAGAUCUGUGUUUUUUACAGUCUAGUUAUGCAGUUCUGUAGGAAUUUUUAUUCAUACCAGGAUGGAAUAUGGUCAAUUGCUAUGUUUAGAUAAGGGUAGUUUGUGAAUUAUUUUCCAGUUUUAAACACUAAAGCUUUGCUAGUCUAAAAGAACCUGAUUUUAUUUAACAUGGGUAGAAGUGGCAGUACUCGCCACUGGUUAGUUGUCUUCCUUCUCAACCACUGAACAGGUCCUGAAAGCAGUAAAAGUGUUAAAGAAACCCCAACUACAACCCACACAUAACUGACUUAUAAGAGAGACCACCUAUAAUACAUCCCAGUACUUGCCUUUCCCUCCAACAGGCUGGUUGUUCCUGUGGUUCCUCGGUUCUUUUAUUUAUUUUAUUUAUUUUAAGUGCUCCUCUGGGAAGCAUUCUGUGAGUGCCUUGUUUCAGUAUAGUAUCAUCAAGGUACCAUUGUUUGGAAAGCAUGCAAGUGGUGGAUUCUUUAGUAUGUAGACAACUAAAACAAUAUGUAAUGAAAAACUAAUUAGGAGUUAGGCCAUCUUUUGUCUACAUGAACUUUUAUAAAAGUCCUGAAACCUGUAGAACUCUCCCACAAAAACAUUAAAUUAAACACCUAUCAUAAUUCCAAUAAUGUUUAUCCCCCCCCCCACACACAAAAGUUAAAUAAAAACAAUCAUACAUCCUUGGCACACUCAGUAUGCCAUGCCACAUAUACAAAACAAUUCUUUAAGUAUUACAAUAUCAAAGUCCAAAUCUGUACAAUUCAGAAAUGAAUGCCGAUAUAUCUUCAGUUUAUUGUGCAAUUCGUGUAAGUAUUAGUGACCUCCACAAAUGUCCAAAGUACUCAAAAAAUAAGCAGGCAAAUACCCGAAUGCAGUUUGUAUGACCACAUUAGCAGCAAUAAGGUCUAUUGGCAAGUUAACAUCAUGAACCUAGUGCCCCAUGUUACCAAAAAUAAAAUGUUUCAAACCGUAUAAAUGAGUCUCUUAUAGGGGUGUAUAUGAACCUCAUUUAUACAGUAUAUGAUCUGAUUAAAAAUGUUACCAUCACAAAACAAAUUUUGAGAAAGAAAAAUAGUCCUCCAAAACUUUUAAAAUGUGUCUUACCCAGUCUUAUGUGUCUCAGGGUUCUCAAUGUGAAAAGGUUUCAGGCUUGUUGCUAAUCUAUGUAUCUGUUAUGCUUUGAGGCAGCAAACUUUCUUUGCUGCCUUGCUGCCCAUGUAUGUUUAGAAAAAUACUUUUUAAAUCUUAUUUUUUUAUUUUAAUUUUUUUAACUAGGUUGUAACAUUCUUUCAUUUUUAUAACAAAUAUAACCAGUGAUGAGUAUUGUAGAUCCUGUUUAUCUUGUUCCUGGAAUUAUAAUUCUUAUUUAAAAAGCACCAACAAAUUUUGCAGUGAUGUUGGAUAGAGGUGGACUAAAACAAAUAUUUGCAAUGAAGGUGCUGAGGGUCUUGCUCAAAUGACCUUGCAUUCAUGAGAUUCACUGUCCUAUGUUUAUAUAGAUUCACUUGGAGGCAACAGUCACACGCUUAUGAUUGCAUGUGUCAGUCCUGCUGAUUCCAACAUGGAAGAGACUUUAAACACACUGCGUUAUGCAGAUAGAGCCAGGAAGAUCAAGAACAAACCUAUUAUAAAUACUGAUCCACAGGCUGCAGAACUGCAUCGUCUCAAGCAACAGGUAAUAGACCAAAUUUGAGGAGAGGAGAAACUAUGCAUGAAUUUGAGUAUUAAAAUAUUUUGUAUUUUAUUCUUUCCAGGUGCAAGAGUUACAGGUUUUGCUUCUCCAGGCGCACGGGGGAACGCUUCCUGUCCUAACAGGGUAAGAUUUGACACUGGAGCUAAAACAGCAUGUAUUAAGAGUACUUUUAUCUUUUUUUCAUAUUACAAAUGUACAUGGUGUUCUAAACUUUAUUUUAACCUGAGAAAUGAUUACCAUCUAAUGUUUGUCCUGGCCAUUUAUAUCCUUAGCAUGGAACCAUCAGAAAAUUUGCAGUCUCUUAUGGAAAAGAACAAAACUCUAGCGGUGGAGAACGGAAAGCUGAGUCGAGAACUGGGCGAGGCAGCACAGCAAACUGCUCAAAUCCUUGAAAGAUUUAUCAUAGUGAGUGUAAAAUUGCAGUGGGACAAUCUAGCAUCCAUUACAAACUGAACUCUCAUCCUUCCAUUGUUAGCUUCUGCUUUUAUACUUCAUAUGAUUGCAAGAUGUAUUGUGGGCAAUAGGUAUAAGGGAAUCACACAAUAAACAGACAACUCAUUUAACAUUUCAUUGGGCUAGACCGUGGUAUUUAAAUUUAAAGCGGCAUCAGCAGCCAAUUCAAUAACACAUUAACUUCAUAUAACAUUUAUUUUAACACAACUUUAUUAAAAUCUAUAAUUCAAUGCCCGGCAGUCAUGGGUAAACUGACUGCAUUUAAUUCCAUUCUCAAAUAGGUUCAUCCUCUAGUAUUAUUCGAGUGAAUUUGCCCACUUCAGUUAGCAUAAACUCUGACAUGGCUCCUUCUUCUUAGUGUCUAACAGCAGUCAGAGAGUGCUCUUGCACUAGUGUAAAUAUAUAAUUCGAACUUUCUCGCUUUUUCACCUUGCAACUCCCUUGCCCAGUUACUAGGCAGCCCCUUGCAACAGGCACUAUUAAAUGACGCUUCUUCAUAAAUCUAGUAAAACAGUUUCAACAGGGCAUAUUCAGCAUGCAUUGAUGCGAUACAAAUAAAUCCAUCUUCCCUUACCCAUCUGAUGCGUUUUUCAAAACCUCAACCAGAUGUUAAUUUGAGAACGACCAACUGAAACAUCAUUCAGUUUCAAACUUAACAUUCUUACUAAAAGAAACCAACUCACUAAUUCCAACAGCCAAGAAAGCCAGAGAAAAUGCAGCAACAAAUAAUGUGAAAACCAAACCUUUUUUUUUUCCUAGUUUGUUGCAAAAUUGGAAGCGCUUCAGACUGGGGUUUUUGCCUUCUUUUGGAUCAACAGCAAAAAUAUGUGAGGAAGGCUGAACUUGAUGGACGCAAGUCUCUUUUCAGCUAUGUAAUACUGUUACCACUAACUGCAUGAAUCGAUCUGAUCUGCAAGAAUUAAAGUGUGGAAAUCGUACCAAUCAUCCCAUAUUAACAUAUAAGAGCCCCAUUUGCCCUGUUAAGUGCGGUCAUAAGAUUAGGCCUAGCUCUUCCAAUAUGAAUUGCCAUAUGCAUUCUGAUAAUUACAUACUUUCUUCAUCCGCCUCUGGUAGCACACAUAUAAAGGUUCUGGAAACCAGAUAUAGUGUUUCUGUAUGGUCAGGCAUAGGAAAAUGAAAUUUGAUAAAUUUAAGUAUUCAUAUGUACUACUGAUUUGUUUUUGUAGUGAAACCAAAAUAGCAACCAGAAUAGGGAGCAGCUGCAGUAAAGCAUUUUAGUUAACUAUUGCUCCACUCAAUCAUCAGGCUGCUGCACAAAUGCCAUUUUCAUAUUCCCAUAAAUACCAAAACCUACAGACCCUGCUGCAUCCACACAUAGUAGUAAGACCCAAGAUGGUAACAGCCAUAACUGCGGGAAAGGCUCCGCAUUUUAUGCUUUUAACUUCUGCUGAAACCCUAACAAAACAAAAAUGACUUAUUUUUUCAGGACAGGUUAAGAACUUUUUUUCUACAUUAAUCUUCCAGCAAACAAACCCAAAAGAAAAUUACUUCAAAAAUAAAAUGCUACAAAUCAAAUUCUGCUUUUAAGUUCUCAGCUGGCACCCUGAAUUCAAAAACCACUGAAACAAUCAUGACACCCAGAAGACACUGGGCCAACAGUCUUUUCUUCUGGUUAAUGGAAUAUCCUAAUAAAUUAUCCUAAUUAAAAAACCUAAUAAAUUAUCACAAUCAUUCCUCUGUGUAUUACUUGGAGGAUUUAUUGUCUAUUUGUUUAAAAUCAAAUCAGAUUUUUUUUAAUUUACACUUUUUUUUUUUUUUUUUUUAAAUAAAACCAGAAGCGACAAGCAAAAAUUAUUUGCAAGAGUAUUAAAAGAACAAGCACAGCAAUCCUGCUAAGAUACAACUCUUUUUCCAACUUACGCCCAACUGCCUCAACAUCCUGAAAGAAAAAACUAAUUUAUGAUUAUUAGCAAACAAUGAUAACCUUUUAAAAUUUAAAUAACUACAACAAAAACUUUAAAACGAUAACUUAGUUAUUGGCUUUUUUGGAUAUAUUUGCAGGUAAGGAAGCUGCCUUUCCACCUGCACUGGUGUCGUGAUUUUUUUUUUUUUUACUGCACUUAAAGCAUUCAUGCUUAAAUUUACAUGUGUUGGGCCACUUAGAUUGUUCAUCACAGCUCAGCGGAGGUCUUUCUUCAUAGAUCCCACUAUAGUGGAAAUAACGGCUAUACUAACAAUCUUUUCUGGCAACCUCUGGGGCAAAAUUAGAUCAAAGCCAACCUUAAUAUUCAAUUCAAAUGAUAUGCUCACCUCUAACAUUUGUUUAAAUUGCUAGUCCUAAUUAAAGCAAGCUUAACCUCAAAGAAACAGCCAUAAAAUUGAGAAAAAGCCUUGUUGCAUGUGGCAUUCAAAAUCUACUUCAUGAGCAUUAGCAGCCGGUCCCACUUGUUCUAGGAAGGAUUUAUAAUGUAUGUAACCAGAAUUUUUAAAUACCGGUCUCUAUGUAGAUGGAAAAGAAAUGUGUUGUACAAAUGACAGUCUAUAACUUUGUAAAUAUAGAGCAUUUCUUGAUUACAAUGCUUGUUUUUCUACAAAUCCGUUAUCUCUGUAUCUUAUUGCAUUCUGUCUCACCUUUAUAUUGCUGUUAUACUGUAAUAUAAGCUAUCUGUUCACAAUUGCUAGUCAAAUAGUUUAAAAAAACAAUUUCUCUCAUUUUGGAUUUUAAUAGAUAAUUUCUUGCAGCACAUAAGUACUUUAACCCCUUAAGGACAUAUGACAUGUGACAUGUCAUGAUUCCCUUUUAUUCCAGAAGUUUGGUCCUUAAGGGGUUAAACUUGUAUAAUUUGCAUAGGCUGUACCGGGCAUUUUUCUACCACUCGGAAGAUAAACAUUAAAAGUGUCGCUUUCUCUUCUUGAAUCCGUUUACAGGCUGAACAAGAGAAUGACAAGUUAAAUAGCAAGAUGGAUGAGCUCAGACAUCAUGAUGCGUAAGUUUGUGAUUCAUGCAAUUCAGUGUACUUAACAGUCAUUCAACAUCUAUGGAGAGGAUUCCUAAUUUGUAGCAAAUUAUGCAAUACAUUACCACAUUGAAAAACUCUCAUCAAAACUUUAUUCAAAAUUAGAUGCCCUGUAUAGACAUAAACUCUCCGUAAGCAAUACAGUAAGGAAACCGAUUAUUCAGCAAAUGCUAAUGCCAGUCAUUGAAUAUAGGGAUGUUUGCGCUGAACUCAUCUUCAUAAACUUUCUACACUGUAUAACUCUUUUGGUCGCCUUGUGUUACAAUAUAAUUACAUGACCCACCGUUGUGACAUGUUAAAAGAGCUAAACUGGCUACUUUGGAAAUCCAGAUGCACCCUCCAUCUCUCCAGACCUUUAAGAGCUUUUCUGGAAAGCUCCCAUCUUACUUGAAUAGAAUGCUCUUCCCAUGUUUGUCCCCACCUUCUAUAAACUCUGAUACAGCACCAGCAUUUUAUUUAGCAUGUCGCAAUACAAAAAGAAACUGGCUCGAUCCUCCUCCAAAGCACUGCAAUUAUGUAAUAGCUUCUCGUAUACCCUCAAAUCCUCUCCCAGUAUAUAUUUUUUUAAGAGUUCUGUCACUAUAUCUCUAUACAGAAUGCACCUGUAAUCAGUUUAUUUUAUCUAUAUACGUUCUGUGUUAAAUUUGUAGCUUAAUAGUAUUUUGUAUUUUUAUUGUAACAAUGCAAGGUUUGUGGACCCAGGUCAUGCUUGAAAACCAUUUUGUUUUUGUUCGCCAUGGUAAGUCAUGUACUUUAAGCAGGCAGAGCAUUGGUUACAGUGUUCAUGUUGGGAGACCCAAGAUGAGCAUAGCCUACAUUUUGUAAUUUGUUGAAUUCUUUUUUUUUUUUUUUUUCACAAAUGUAAAGUAUGCAAAAUAAAUACAUUUAAUGAAGGCAUAUAGGUCUUACAUUACCAUGAUAAUCUGCACCUCUAGUAAAUCAGGAUCACAGAAAAAGAAAAACAAAGGAUUAGUGCUAUUCAACCAAACUAUAAGGAAAAGGCAGCACACUUAAAGAAAGGGGCACCCUCACGAACCCCAAAAAGAAAAGGACAAUACAGCAAAAUUAGAGGAAGGCUGCACCAAUAAUGUAACAAGCUAUGCAAGUUUGCACAUUUAUUUUAACUUUUUAUUGGUUAUUUUUACAUUUUGUAAUUUUAAUAAGUAAAAAAAGAUAUUGCCUAACUUUAUUAACUGCCAUUUUUAGGUGCAAACUCGAUCUGGAAAGGCUGGUGGAGACACUAGAAGACCAGGAAUUGAAGGAGAAUGUAGAAGUGAUUCGUAAUUUGCAGCAAGUUAUAGUAGAACUCCAGGUGAGGUUAAAUUAUCGCUAUUUAAUGUGUAAAUCAUCAUAUUAUUUAUUUUUUUAAAUCAUAUAUUCUAAAUAAAUUUUCUUGCGCGAUCUCAUUAGCUGAUAUAGAAAAUAAAAAAUAGUCUAUGGACUAAAGGAUGAAAGCCAAAACAGCAGCUUUAUUUAGAGCAAAAGCACAGCAAAGUUUUGACCCAGUAGGGUCUUUGUCAAGCUCGGCAAAAAAAACCUUGACAAAAACCCUGCUGGGUUGAAACGUUGCUGUGUUUUUGCCUUAAAUAAAGCUAUUUAGGGUUUCAUCCUUUAGUCCAGACUUUUUUUAAAUCUCUGGAUGUGAGACCUGGCUGUUCUCUGGUCUGGACCACGCUGGAAGCCUAGAGUGCUGUAUCUAUUAAGUUUUUAUUUUUUAAUCCUCAUUAGUAGAGGCAUAAAAGGUAACCUUGGUUUAAUGAGUUGAAAGACACACCCAUGGUAUUGAAGAUGCCAGCGUCCAUAGGAAAGCAUUGAGAAUGCUUUCCUAUGGACUGGCUGAAUGUGCGCGCGGCACUUGCCACGAUGGCGGCGAAAAGGAGCAGAAGAGUUCCCUGCGCCGAGGGAGCCUGUCGGGGAAAAAACAGGUAAGAUUUAACCCCUUCCACCCCAUAGAGCCUGGAUGGGGUGGGGGGACUAGAGACCCUAUAGUGCCAGGAAAACUUGUGUUUUCCUGGCAAUAUAGUGGUCCUUUAACAUUUUUUUUUUUAUUUUUUUUUUUUUAAGGUUUCUAGUGUGUUUUUUUUUUUUUUUUUAAUUACCUUUUUUAUGUAUUGGUAUUGCAAAACCGCUGGUUUUUAAAUUAUUUUACAGUGUUUAACCACUGCGGCCUCCUUUGUGUCUUGGCGCACAACAAAUUGUGGUUAUACAUAUGUUUACAGAAACCUCUCUCUGCUAUGAAUGGUCCUAGCUCCUUAGACCAAAGCUGACCUAUAGAGCAUAUUUACAAGAUACAUGUAUGACUGAGAGAUGGGAGAACAUAAACACAGACUGAAAAUGUUUUAGAGCAAUUCAGAGUGCACAAUUAAAUGGACACUAUCGGCACCCAGAUUUUGCAUUCCUAACGCUAAAGAAUCCCUUGAAAGUGUCAGUCACACAGUUUUAUGCUGAGUGAUUACAUUGUUAGUCUGAGUUAUGUCUUACCCCUUUUUUUUUUUUUCUUACUUUUUUAGAUGACUACUGCAUUUGACUGAAUCUGUAUAUUUUUAUUUUUAUAUCCAUGUAUUUCACUUGUGUAUUCACUGGUUUUAUAUGUUGCAAUGCUCUCUUCAUUUUGUGCAUAACCUUUUAAUUGUGAGUACUUUUAUUUGCUAUUUAAACUUUCAAUUUGUAUUUGUUGGUGUGAGAGAAGUUCCUCUUUGGAACUGAAGGGUUAUAUGGUACUACCUAAACAAAUCUGCCUGGUCCUACGUCUUUUAAAAAAAAAAAAAAAUUCUAUUUUUUUUACUUUGCUUGUGAUUUGACAUAGUCUUCCCAGGGCCAGGGUCACGUUUGAUGGUAUUUAGAGUAUGUGCUGUCCUAUUCCUUUGUGUUGGAGAUGCAUUGACGCCUUUGGAUUGGUGCACUGCAUUUUGCCCUUAUUAUGCUCCUUGAUUCUGUACGUGGCAGUAUCCUUGUUAUAGAUUAUAUGUAUGUAUGUAUGAGUAGCAAUAGUGAAGAUAUAUACUAUAUCCUAAAAUAACACUAAUAUAUAGUAGAUGUUAGAAGUCUAUUGAGAUGUUAAAUAAAUCUGCAACCUAAAGUGGCAGCAUGAUGCUUAGCUGGCAAAUUACCAAACAGCUUAUCUAGGCUAUAUAACCAGGGCAAAUGUAAUAUAUAACUCAAGAGAAUUAAGCAGCAUAACCCUUAUACUGGAUGUCAGCUUAGUCCUGUAUGGGACAGCAUGCAGUACAAGUGUAAGCUCUCAAGUAGGCACAAAUUCCUCUGAAGCUAAAGGGACACUAUAGUCACCAGAACAACUACAGCUUAUUGAAUUUGUUCUGGUGAGUAGAAUCAUUACCUUCAGGCUUUUCAGAGAAAAUGCAGUGUUUACAUUACAGCCUAGUGAUAACUUCACUGGCCACUUCAGAUGGCUGUUAGAGAUCCUUCCUGGGUCAUGGCUGCCUAAAAUGCACCCAAACAUUCAGUGUCUCCUCCCUCUGCAUGCAGACACUGAACUUUCCUCAUAGAGAUGCAUUGAUUCAGUUCAUCUCUAUGAGGAGAUGCUGAUUGGCCAGUGCUGUUUGAAUUGUGCUGGCUCUGCCCCUGAUCUGCCUCUGUCAGUCUCAGCCAAUCCUAUGGGGAAGCAUUGUGAUUGGAUGAGGCCACCAAUUCUGAUGUCAGAGGAAGUUCACAGGCAAAGGCCGCAGCUUCAGACUUGAAUACAAGGGGGCUAGAUAGUGGUUUUAAUCUCAAUAACAGUUUGCUUAAUUCUGUGUGGAAUAUGCAGUAUUGGCAGGGGCCCUCAAGCAAGCCCAAAUUUCUUCAGUUCUGUUUCUUGCUUCAAUAGCAGCUAGUAUGCCAUGAGACUUCCCUUAAUGAUAAACCAGUGGCCACCUGCAGAUCGAAGUAAAACCUCUAUUUACAGUGCACUCCUUUUCACAUUAAAUGUAGUCCAUUCAAUGUAAACAAUACACAAAAUGAUAUCCUAACAUAUCUUGAGUUUUAAUUUAUUUUCUGUAUACAUAUUUUUGUGCUACCUGUCUCCUUUACAAUCGUUUAAAUUUAAUGAAUUUUUUUUUGGGGGGGGGGGGGAUAAGGUUAAUAAACAAAAUAAAAUUACUUUCAAACUAAUUCUAUUCUGUGACUCUAGCAGAAUAUUAUUGACCUCAAAGAAUCAUUACAGGAAUAAGGAUGAGUUUAACCCCUUAAGGACACAUGACAUGUGUGACAUGUCAUGAUUCCCUUUUAUUCCAGAAGUUUGGUCCUCAAGGGGUUAAUAUCCACUUUAUUUUGCACUGAUGUCGAGUAUUGGUUGAAGAUGGGUUUAUUUUUUUUAAGUGUUCAAUGGUGCUUUUUAAUUUGAAAUAUCUAAAACUAAGCUGGAGUUUGAAGAAUUUGAACAAAAUUGGGUGCCAUCGACUAAUUGAAUACUAUACAUUCUAAACUUGGUUAUAUUCAUGCACAUCAUAUUCUAAAAGAAGAAAGCAGACCACAUACCAAAGAAAGUUGUAAUUCUACCAAACAGGUAAUAUCUUUCAUUGGAUUUAACAGAAAUGGGAAAUCAAAAAUGGAUACACCCAAAAGGAUAACUACCUCAAACAUAUUCUAAAUCACAGUAUGGAACAUUCUUUGGCAGCGCUGUUUAGUAUUAGAGGAAACCCCUUAUCACAAGAAAGCUAUUGAGGCGAAUAAUUCAAGAAGAUCCAAGAGAAAGGCAAGUUGAAGACAUUAAGACCACGUUUCAAGAAAAGAAAGCAACUACCAUAAUUUUUGCAUUCAUUUUAAGUGAAGCUGAAGUGCCGGUUUCUCAUUUUGUCUGGUUGGGCUAGACAGCCAUUAGAUGGGACUGGUUAGUAAAAGAGACCUCUGUAUUCCUGAAUAUAGAGGACUCCUAUUUUGAUGUGAACGUGCCUGCAUUAAAACUUAUUACUGCAGAAGCAGCAUAGGAAAUCUUGAAUGUGCUCCUCUACAAUGAGCAAUGGAUUGGACCAUCCGCAGAGAAGGCCAUGCCUCAUCUGUGAAAUUGCUGAAGGAGAGGUUAGUAGCACCAAAGGAGCCUCAAUGCGGGAAAAAGAUAUAGGGGUGUGUGUACUUUUUUUUUUUUUGUAAUCGGGGGAUCAGGAAAAAAAAACUAUGGUAUGAAAAUACUAGCUUUAGGAAUCAAAUUUGUACUUCUAAUGCUAUAGUAUUUAACGAUUGUUAUAAAAAUACAAUACGAUUGUUACUAUGACAUACAGAUUUGAUCCCCCUCUAAAAAAGCAUAAGUUGGUGGUAAAAUGGUUGCAUGAAGAGAGUCAAAAUACCCCAAAUGUAAUACCUUAGGUUAUCUUCUUUUAAAAAUAUAUACAUGUGAUUCUUGGCAUAUCAGUGUUACAAUGUAACUUGCCUUAAUUAAAAAUAAAAUAAAAAUAAAAAUAAAAAAAUGGUUUGGAUAGCAAAGUGCCAAUUGUACCCCUAUAACUUGCAAAAAAAAAAAAAAAGCUAAGAACAUGUUCACAUUAGGUAUUUCUAAACUCAGGACAAAAUUUAGAAACUAUUUAACAUGGGUGUUUUUUGGCGGUUGUAGAUGCUUAAAAGAUUUUAGGGGUCAAAGUUAGAAAACGUGUGUGUGUGUGUGUGUUUUUAAAAAAAUAAAAAUGUCAUUAUUUUGUAUAAUUUUUUUUUUAUAGUAAAUUAUGAUGUUAAAAACAAUGGUAUCUUUAGAAAGACCAUUUAAUUGCAAGAAAGACUGUGUGUGUGUGUGUGUGUGUGUGUGUGUGUGUAUAAUGUGUGGGUACAGUAAACGAGUAGGCGGAAAAUUAAACACAGACACUGCAGAAAUGUAAAAAGAGCUCUGGUCCUUAACGGUAAAAAAAUUGAAAAGCGGUCUGGUAACUAAGGGGUUAAGUUGAUAGAAACUUGUUACUAACAUGUAAUCUGAAACUACAAAUUCAUAAUUUGAAUAGACUUAAAUAGUUUCCAUUUGGGGAAAAAAUAAAUAUAAUUAAGCAUUGGCCUAGCCUUAGGCAAUCUUAUCCUGAAAUUAUUGAAUGUGAACAAUUUACUUUAUCAUAUAAGACAUACCCCUAAUGUGAGUCUCCCAGUGUGAGCAUUUUUAUUUUAUUUUAAUUUGUUUAAAAAUAUUAUUAUUUUUUUGGUUUAGUCCCCCCCUCCCUGCUUCUUACCAGGGAGGGGGGAUAUGGUAUUCCCUGGUGGUCCAGUGGCUUGUUAAGUACAGUGGUGGCUCAGCAAGCGCCGACUUACCUCCUCCAGCACCCUGUGUAAAUCUCGCGGCUCUUAGUGCCGCACGGAGCAUUGCCAUGGUAACCCGUGGCAAUGCUCAGCGGCCGCGGGUCUCGCGAGAUUUACACAGGGUGCUGCAGGAGCUGCUUGGAAGGUAAGUCGGCGCUUGCUGCGGGCCCCCCACAGGACCGCCGGGCUUGUAACGGGCCCGGCAGUCCUGUUAUAUAUUAUCAGCAAUAUCCGUAUCUGAAUUGGCCGACACCGAUAUUGCCGAAAAUACCAAAUAUCGGCUGAUAAUAUCGGCCAGACCGAUAAUCGGUCGAUCCCUAUUAAAUAUUCUGUACUCUGCCCUUGGGUUUUUAUGUCCAGGAUGCAUUAUCUUGUACUUAUCCACAUUAAAUGUCAGUUGCCACAACUCUGACCAUUUUUCUAGUUUACCUAAAUCAUUUGCCAUUUGGCUUAUCCCUCCUGGAACAUCAACCCUGUUACAUAUCUUAGUAUUAUUCAAGCAACUAUAACUGGCUACAUAUUCAUGAGACCCUGCCCCCUACCCCCCAAAUUAGUUGUGUGGCUGGCUGUCCAGGCAAAUAAAACUAUUUAGCCAAUUCCCAAAAGUGGAAAAGAAACCCAGGUUUUAAUAGAUACAUGUGACUCCUCUCUACCAACUGGGGCCAUUUUUAAAGCUGGGCAUAUGAAAGAAUAGAAAUGGAGUGAAGGAUGUUCCUGAAGUGAGUGUUACACGAAGAGUAACACCCACAGAGCAUGAUGAUGGUAGCGGUGGAACAGAGGAAAAGUUUUAAUCUUUAUAUUUUUCAUGGCAUACACCAUGUAUAUUUGCGAUAUAUAAUGUAUUCAAUGUAUAUUGGGAUGAUUUAAGGAAAGUUUAAUUAUUCAUAACCGGUUCAUUUUAAAUGCCUUUUUAUGGAACUUUUUGCAGCUGUGGCUUCCAGCACUGCAAACUGCUCAUCUAAAAGUCUGGGGCCACUAAAAAUGGCUUUAUCUGAGAAAGGGGAGCACCAAGCAUGCAUUGAUGCAGGAUGUUCUGUGCCACCCUGCAGGCUUUAAAGACCACUUUAUUUAGCAUGGCAUAAACCGCCAUAACUGCUUUAAGGGUUUAACAAAACUGUCAAUUUAUUUUAUUUUUGGGACCGUAUGUUGAAUGCUAGCAAGUCAUAUUAGGUGUCCUGCUACCAUGCUAGUUCAAUUGAAAAAAGAAAAAAUGCAAUUAUUUUUCUUUUGACUUUUGUUUCUCAUCUAUUUCCUUGCUCUGAAGAAGAAGGAUGAAAGAGCUGGGUUGGUGAUCUUUGCUUAGAACUGCAUGUCCUCUCAGCUGGAAUACAGACUUAAAUCCUGUCUCCUUAAAGUUAUAUUUUGGGAGACUUCUCCACCUUGCUUCCUGAAACAAUAUGUUUGGGUUGACUGGAACUUUGUUUUUUCCUUCUGCUGACUUUUUCAAUUGUCUAGUUUCAGGCUCUGAAAUUGACUCUAGAUGUGGAUGUUUUUAUCUUUAUGCAGGAUGAAAGCUCUGGCAUUGCUGCCUCAAUGGAGGCAAUGGCUGAGAAUGUUAUGGAUACACCUGAAGCUGUGGAGGUAAGUGCUUUGUGUAGAAUUGCAUCACAUCAAUGGAUCAUUUCCUUUGUUAUGUAGAGCACUUCUAUUUCUGGACAUAUUGUUGUGAUUUUAAUAUGAAAAGAUUUUUAGCUUUUAGAAUGUGGUUUAUUCCGUAUGAAAUUCUCCUGGUUAAUCUCAUACAAUGUUUUCAUGGCUAAUCCUAUGCAAUUGUUUCAUGGCUAACUGGCAAUAUUCACCUUUAAUGAGGCCGAUCUAUAGCUCUCGUUUGUGUUGCAUAAAUAAAAAAUACAGAAGAAUUGUUUAGAUUACUCUCUUUCUGGGAAAUUUGUUAGAGAAGUUAACUGACUUUAAUAUUUGUUCGUCAUUGACUUGCUGAGUGUUGUACAAAACAUGUUGACCCAAAAACAAGGGAUGAUGCAUGCAGUUUACUAGAAUUACACUGUAUGGUUAUGUGAUUUAAAUGUGUAAUUAUAUUAUGGUUUGUAAUGCAAUAGUUAAUUUUUCAUAUACUUUUUUUUUUUUUAAAUUAAAUUUCUUUUAUUUUCUCACCUUCUGCAUAGAAGGGAGUGCAUGGAGAAAAACGCCCAUCAGAUGGCUUCACUGCUGAUCAUGCCCUUAGACAGGCUCAACUUUCCAAGGAGCUGAUAGAAUUAAAUAAAGCAUUGGUGCUAAAAGAAGCCCUUGCCAGGAAGAUGGCUCAGAACGACAGCCAGCUGGAGCCCAUUCAGGGUGAAUACUUGAACAACAUAAAAGCACUGGAGUCAGAAGUGGGUGCUCUGCAGAAGGAGAAGGAAGAGCUGAUCCUCGCUUUGCACUCUGCCAAGAAAGAUGUGAAUCAAGCCAAGUGAGUGACAUGCAGUGUCCUGUGUUUUUGGAUGUGUAUAAGAAUAGGGUGUUGGGUGAAGUCUGAGCUGCUAUUUAUGAUGAAACUUGUUGUCAAUUUCUCCAGCUUAUUGAGUCACAGCUUUAGUGAUAGGCUUAGACUUUUUUAAAAAAAAAAUUAUUUAGCAUUAAGUUUAGCUUAGGGGACUUUAGACUUGUUGGUAAUCACAAAUGGGUGGUGCUGCAUUUUGUUUUUCAAUCAGUUUGGUAGCUAGUGUGUGCUCGCCAAAAUACUUUUACACUUUUUUUUUUUGGUCUGAGCUCUAUCAUUAUAAUGGUACGUGCUUAGUAGAAUCUAGAUUAGGGAAGAAACUCAGUGAUUUAAUUACUUGUAGUUUUUCUCUGUAUAUAUUUUUUUUUGUAAACCUUUAGUUUAAUUUUACCACUAUUGAGCAACUGUUCAAGUUGGAGUUGGCCCUCCUCCAAUAUCAAUAGAAAUGCAUUAAAAUGUAUAACCAACUUUUGAUGAUUGCUGCAAUAACAAUUGAUCUGCAGCUUUUACAAUGAUUUCUUACUAGACCAGGAUGUGGCUGUAAUGUUGAAGUCAAUCCUAUUGCUUCCCAAUCCCAGUGUGUGCGCUCAUUAGUUAUACUAAAAGACCUAGAAACAGAGGUUGGAAGAUUUGUGAGAGAAGGAACUUGUCUUUUUCGAAAUUAAAAGCAUUUGAUUUCUUUAUAGAUUGAGUGAAAGGCGGCGCAAGAGGUUGCAGGAACUGGAGGGUCAGAUGAAUGAGCUAAAGAAGAAGUUGAGUGAAAAGUCAAAACUUCUGAAACUUAGGGAGGCCACCGAGAAAACUGUCUCAAAGCUCAACCAUGAUAUCCAGGUACAAAUAAAUGUGCUGUAAGUUAUCUGUACUCUUUAUAUUUACUACUGAGCAGAUAAACAAAAGAAAAAUGUCUAACACUAAGAUUAUCAUUUAUAUAGUGCCAACAUAUUCCGCAAUGCUUUAGUUUUACAAUGGGGAUGUAUGACCACAAGUAACUGACGUACAGAGUAUUAGAGACGAGGGAAGAAUGCCCUGCUCAAAUAAGCAUGCAAUCUAUUAAAAUAAUGUGAACGGUGUACAGCCACUUCUUAAUGAUUUUUAAUGUUUAGUUAUUCCCUAUAGCUAACAAGUAUACAAAUGUGAGGCUCGAGAAAUUAAAUGUAAAAAUAAACUCUUUAUCCGGCCACACCAUUUUUGGUUUCCUGUUAAUUGUUAUAAACAGUCAACUAGAGAAAACGUAUGGAAAAGAGGAUACAUUAAACAAUGUUUCGGUUUCCCCUCCUCAUUUGGAAUGUGUGCUCUGGCUUUGCCGGGACUGAAUUGGAUUGUAACACCAAUUGCAAGAUGUUUGUAUGUAAACUGCAUCACAUGGGGGGGAAAAGGUUUAAGUGGCUGUCACCUUCACGAAUCUCUGCAAAUUUUUCAAGACCCCCCCAAACAUCCCUGUUUGAGAUAUGAUGGCACAAGGGUGCAGCUAAAGAUAGAUAUCUGCCACCAUCUUCAUUGUUCAGCUCCUGGAGCUUCAUUCUGCACAUCAGUGCUCCGGAGACAAUGUCCUGCAAUCCAGGAGAAGAAACAAUCGCUAGCAAAUUAUAUGGUAAUUUACAAAAAUUGAUGGUGUAAGUUCCUCUCUUUGUCAAUUCAUGAGUUGGUAUAAAACAGAAUUGAUUCUACUUUGCCUUGUUUAGUUUGACUGUUUUGGAUUUACAGUGACAUUCCAAUAGUCAGUGUGAGUAUUUUUUGUUAAGUAUUCCAUCUUUAUGGAAAAACUCACAGGGUUAUUUACUAAAGGGAGAAUUUCAAAUUUAAGGCCAUAGUAGCCAAACUCAAAAUGUAGCUGAACCAGUUUGGCUUUUUUGACUUUAAUUGAAAUUUACUUUGAAUUCUCAACUAAACUUUCACCUUGUCAAUAUUUAUUAGCUACAAGUUAUAGGUGACUUAGAUCACUAUUUUUUCUAGGUAAGGGACUGUUCCCCUUUAAGCACCUUUCUUCAUCUUUUGUUCAGGCAAUGAAAGUACAGCGUGUGCAGCUUAUGAGGCAGAUGAAGGAAGAUGCGGAAAAGUUUCGCUCAUGGAGACAACAGAAAACUAAAGAGGUUAUUCAGCUUAAGGAGAAGGCAAGUGUUUUAUCAUGCAGCUCAUAUGCUGCACUAUGUGAUUUGUAAUAAGAAACCUGAAGAAAUAUUUGCUCUGACCGUUGCUAUAUUCUUUUGCACUUAUUACUGAAAAAAUUGUGAAAAUGAAUCAUGGGUAUAAUUUUCUUUUUCUAUUCAGGACCGCAAGAGACAAUAUGAGCUACUUAAGCUUGAACGAGACUUCCAGAAACAGGCCAGUGUCUUACGAAGAAAAACUGAAGAGGUAAAUAUGCAUUUUCCUUCUUGCCAAAUUAACAUUCCAGUGCAUAGAAACCGGUAUCACAUGUGCAUAUUAUGUUUUCUGUUAAGGCGGCAACUGCCAACAAACGUCUAAAGGAAGCCCUUAUGAGGCAGAGAGAAGCCAUGGACAGACGCAAAGAUGCAGCACACAAAGGAAUGGAAGGGGCUGCAGCCAGAGUCAGAGUACGUAAACCUCUGUUAUGCAUAAUUAUUCCAUGUAUUAAGGCUGUAUUAAAGGGUUACUCCAACCACCGUGACCACUGACGUUUGUAUGUUCACUGAUGCACUCUGCCGGAUGUGUUAACUACCUCUAGCAGCGUCAUUGGAGUGUCGUCUUCCAGCCCAGAACUUCUGUGACAGUUAAUGUAAUCUCCAUGCAAUUUCCAUUACAUAAUUUUGCAUUCAUAGGCUGUGUUGUCCGCUAACAUGCUAGGCUACUGAAUGGUGAAUACCAUGGCUCUGCAGAAGCCAGAAAUCCGUCACUAGACCACCAGGGAGCAGCAAAGUCUGGCAGGGGAGCCCGUUGAGUUGGCAAACUAUUGCUAAAUGGUUUACCUUAUUACCAGGGAACAAGGCCACGCUACUCCUGGCAUCAUAACCACUACAGUAGGCUGUAGUGGUUAUGUUUGGAGUAACACUUUAAUAUUGUUCAUGCAAAUAGCAAAAUGUCUUCUACCAAGUGACCAAACUGUAUACAACUUUAAGUUACAGGCAUAUUGCUUUCAUGAAGAUCAGACAAUUGUUAGAUUUGUAUAAAUAUUUGUUGCAUUAUAGUUUGCUUUUUAUCAUUUAUUUCCUUUAGAAUUGGCUUGCUAAUGAAGUAGAGGUUCUUGUUAGCACGGAAGAAGCUCAGAGACAUCUUAAUGACUUACUGGAGGACAGGAAGAUCCUAGCUCAAGAUAUUUCACAACUGAAACAAAAGAAAGAUACAGGAGAAUCCAUUCCUCCAAAAAUACGGGUGAGCAUGCGCUACAAAUGUUUACCAUUGUCCUUUAUACUUGUUUUAUUACACUGAUUUUCAUUUUUAUUUUUGUCCUGUAGAGACGUACCUACACUGUAGCAGAGCUGGAAAAUAUGGAGCAAGAGGCAUCAAUCACAAAACAGAUUGAGAGUCUAGAGACUGAGAUGGAGCUUAGGUAUAGUGUAUACAUAUGUAUAUUUUAUUUUACGGAGAAUGACAGAACUUUAGCUAAUGUAUAAUGAUUUGAGGCAUGUCCAAAACUUUCAUAAUGUACAUGUUUCUUUACCUGUUUUUCUGCUAUCCUUUGUCAGGAAACCCACUGCUUAUGUAUUAUUUUGCUAGGGCCAAGCUAUGAUUAGUCAGAUGUAGCGGAUACAAGAGGACAGGUCCCAGACCUUAUUCUGCCAGCCUUUAUCCUUUUAAAGAGAUAUUUAGCAAAGAGACAGCCUUUCCUUCUAGCACUACAUGACCAUUAGUGCCAACGAUUUUCCAGAAAGAAAGAAGUACCUUCAAUUCCUCCACAAAUGUCAGCCAAACUUUUGAUAAAGUGGGGAACUGAACAGUUUUGAGACUGACACAGGGCUUUUAUACAUGCCUUUUGUUUGUACAGUUAACACAAGCCAACCAGUUAGUUUUUUUAAAUUAAAUUACAGCCAGUGUUCUGUUUACAAGGAAGGGUGGGGACAGACAAUUGACUAAGACUGUGGACAAAAUUGAAGACUUAAGGGAGUGGUGAAGCAGCCAGUUUAAACGUAAAGCCAUCUUUUCUCACAAAGGGACAAUGCCCAGCUGAAAAACAGCAAUGCAGGGAUGGGGAAGGAAGAGAACACACAGUGGACAGUCCUUUAACUUAUGGCCAACCACACAUUUAAAAAAACAAACAAAAAAAAACUUGUGCCUGAAUGUUAUUGUAAGCGUCAUUGGUUUUACACCAAUAUUUAAUUUAUAUUUCAGUCCGAUCUUUACUACGUGAUAUGGUUAUGGUGCUGGGCAUUACAGAGCUUUACUUUUGACUAACAGAAGCUUUGCUCAGGAGCACCCAGUGGACCACAGAUUUUAAGGGGUACAGGUAACUCCCACAGUAAGGAUUCUUUCCCUGGGGUCCAGUGUGGCUGCUCUAAUCAUCUUCAAGCUCUUCUUGCUCUGCACUCUUGCGCGCUGUUUAGUAAUGCCGGGUAGACAUAGUCCUCCUUCCGGCAUCACUGCAGGGGAGAAGAGUAAGAAGAUUACAGCUCCCUCGCACGCCCACCUCCUUUCUCCCACAGCCAGCCAAUGGGCUGACAAACAUCCAUGCACCUUUGCGACAUGACGCCUAAGAUUUUUUUUUGCCCCGACUUAACCAAACAAUCCAAAUAUCAUUCUGUCUUAAUGGCCUAUGUAAUGAAAUCGUCUACUUGAGAAAUGGACAAUUAAUAUUAAAAGUACUUUUCUAUUUAUUGUGAUAUAUAUUUUUGGCUAUAUUUGGUAAUUGACAUAUGGUUUUGCUAACUUUCAAAUGGUUGACUAGACUUUUUUUUUUUUUUGUUUUUUUUAAAUGCUACUGUCAUAGUUAUUGGGUAUCUUUAUCCAACCAUCCUUUAACCACUAAAUUAAGUUUAUGGAAGAAACCAUAAACACUAUGUAAUUUAUAUAGAAGUAUUCUUCUAGCAAACUCAGUAGCAUUGAUACUAACGUAAACCUUUAUUUUUUUUUUUAUUUUUUUGUAUUCCUGAAGGAGUGCACAGAUAGCAGACCUGCAACAGAAGUUGUUGGAUGCAGGCAAUGAGGAGGAAAAAGCCAAACAGAGAUGGGAAACCAUUUCAAAUAUAAUGGAAGCAAAAUGUGCACUUAAAUAUUUGAUGGGAGAGGUAAUUGGCCUAAUAUAUUUUAAUCUAACUGCUUUUUUUCAUCCUUCCUUUGACUGUUUUGAGGUGUCUUGUUUCCCUUUUUCCACGCCAAAAAAGUAAAGUAUUCAUUUUAAAGUAAAAUCUGCUAAAACUGUGACUGAGUGCUUUGAAAGUAGCACUUUUUUUUUUUUUUUUUUUUUAACUGCAACACUUUCUUUUCAUUGUACACAAGUGAUCCUUUUGCUCCUCUUUCAAACUUUUUCUAGCUUGUCUCUUGCAAAAUUGAAGUCAGCAAGCUAGACAGCAGCUUGAAACACAAUAAAGCACAUGCUGCAGACCUUCAGAAGACCAUCUUUGAGGAACGCAAUCAGAUGGCUGAAAUGGAAACGGAGCAUCAGAGCCAGCUUGUACAGUUAGAACAGCAGCACCAAGAGAAGGUACUAACCUGAGACAGGUCAUGCUUGAUUUUUUAUUUUUCCAGAUAUUUAUUUUUAUUAAAUUAGAGGUUUUUUUUUCAGUAUAAUUAGUAAGAUUAGUUUUAAAAGGAAUGCUUUGGGGGCACCAGCAGCACAAUUAAAGUGCAUAUGAUAGUUUUGGUCUUGUAUUCAUGCUGCUUUUUUUUUUUUUCUCUACUAAAUCUUUAGUUUUUGCUUAAAAAAUAAAUAAAGACUUUGCUGCUCUCAGCAGCAUGACUUCUCCUUACACACAUCUUGAUUUGACAGUAUACAGUUUAGCUCACCAAGUGAAAUAAAAGUAUGAGCUGAGCUGCCGUCUUGGAUCCACCAGCACAGUGACUUACUGUUUUCUCUAAUGUUUGUAAUAAUUGAAAGCUGUUCUAUGGAUUAAGGGAGCAUUUUAUUACAAGAGAGUGGUUGGCCGUGGGUGAAGGCAUGUCUGCAGUUUAUGGAUAAACUAUAGUACAAAACUUGGUGAUAUCAAACUCUUCACCCUCCCCUUAAUUAUAACAAGAAAAGUGAUAGCUGAUGGCUCCACCCAGUGUGUAUACUUUUCUUAUGUCUGCAGUUUAGCUCUCACACACAUCUCUCAUCGGUUCAGCUGAAUUCAUACUCAAAAUAAAUCUAAUACGUAAGUUGUUUUGUGAACUGAAAGUGUGGAGUUACACUCCAGAAAGACUGCAUGAAUUGCACCAAAUGCAUUGGUUUGUGCCUGGCGUGACCUUUAACCCCUUAAGGACACAUGACAUAUGUGACAUGUCAUGAUUCCCUUUUAUUCCCAAAGUUUGGUCCUUAAGGGGUUAAUUUAACUAUGUUCCAUUUACAUUAUGAAGCCGAGAUAUGUGAAAAUGGCUUCUCACACUCCAAAAUGAAUAGAAAUAUACACAUUUAAACAUAUAACAGAUGUAAGACAUAUUGCAAAUGUAAAUACAGUGCAGUGUACAAUGUGGCAUUUGUGAGUGGUCAAAUGGAAGAUUAUGAAGUGGCAAUAAGACUAAUUUAGACUUUUUUUUUUUUCUUUUUUAUUCCUACAGAUCCUGUACUUGUUAAGUCAGCUACAGCAGAAGCAGACAUCAUCAUCUUCUGAUGAGGUAGAAGAUGACAAAGUAACGGAGCGGGAGGCACAACUAAUGGAAAGGUUGAAAUUUCAGGUAUGUUUCUGUUGGAGCCAGUCUUCCUGUUUUGGAGCCAAUGUUCUUCACUCCUGUAUUUUUUUCUAUGCUGAAUUUUCUUUAGACAGAUGUUUGUUUUUGUUUUUUUUUUUGCUUAUGUACUGUUGUUUUUAGUGCUUCAGAGCAAUCCAGCUGAAGAGUUGAGCAUUUUCUGGCACUAGCUUCAAUGAACCGCCUUCCAUGACACAUUCCAGCCUCUUUACACCGCUAACUGAAUAUAUUGCAAUUCCAACCAAUCCCAUUGAAUGACUCUCCUCCAAGUAACUCCAUUUGGUCAAGAUGAUCUGGGAAGUCAGGCAUAGGCCAUGGAAGUUUGUGCGGCUUAUAGAUUGAGCAAUCGUGGCAUGCACAAGUACUUCUAAUGGCAGGGCAAAACCUUGUCCACUUUUAGGAGACACGGAAGGUUUAAGAUUUCAACAACUUUGCAACUUGCUGCAGUUAUAACCACAGUGCAUGGAGACAGGAACACACUAGUAUAUGCAAGGGACAAAGGAUAUAAUUCCUUGAGUUUUCUUUUUGAUAAUGAGAAGAAAAUGACAUGCAACAGUUUCUUAUGAGUUUUCAAGAGCAGCUUGCUUCACUGUCAGUGUUUUGUUUGUUUUUGUUUUUCUUUAAAGUGCACGAAUAAUAAUGAUCUUUCCAUGUUUAUUCAGGAUGAAGAAAUUGAGAAAAUGAAGGAGCUGUGUGAAAAGAACCAACAGCUUCUCCAAGAAAAUGAAAUCUAUAAACAGGUGAGGAAUAAUGGCUUGCACCAUAAAAUCAAUAUUUCAAUGUGACCCAAUCUCUACAAAUGCAAGGUCUAAAAUUCUUUCCAGUUUUCUUAAUUGUUUCAUGCCUUUUGAAAGUACUGCUAAAAUCACCCAAGCCAAUUUAUUUAAAUGUCGUAGCCUGGUUACAGUGAUUCUGUCCUUGUGACUCUACAAUAUAAACCAUUGUCGUGUUAAAUCAUCCUCUUGUGGCUUAUCCUCUAGUUUUUUUACUAGGGACUGUAAAGUGUUUGCACUAAUGCUUUAGUGUUUUCAUUGCUUUGGCAAAGCUAGUUUGUAACUGUCAUGGGUGUCCUUUUAAAAAAAUUUUUUUUUUUUUUUUUUUUUUUUUAUAUAUAUGAUCAUAUGGCCUGUCACCAACAUGAAUGCUACAGAUGAAACAAAUUAUAAAUAUUAAACAUGUGUAUCACCAUAGAACAGUCAGGCAUCUGUUAAGGGAUUGGUGUUCAUACUGCACAUUAUUGAAACCUGUGUGGGGGUGAAGAGGGGGGACUUUGCAGAUAAUGACCUGUAAUUGUUAAAAUAGUGUUUUCAUUAAGUUCAUGAGGGGCAUAAAUAAAUUAUAUUUUUUAAGUUUAUUUUUAUUUAUUUUUUUAAACUUUUUCUACUUGUGUCUGUAAAUAGGUUCCAGUGGCUGUUCAAUUGCACAAGUAUAUUUGUACUGGCAAAGCUGAAUAGCCUUUAGUACUUUCUCUGUUGGCUUUUCAUCCCUUUUAAUAAGGAUCCUAAUACUCCAGCUUUACCUUACAUUCCAAUAAUCACUUCCAAAACACUCUAAAAUAUAAUUUAUCCUAAAGAUAUGCAAUCCAUUUUUGAGAUUUAGAAACUUUCAGAGCAUUACUUAUCUGCUGCCCAGCAAUUCAGCACUGCCAUUCUUGGUGGGUCCAUAGAUGUUCGUGCUGGCUGAUCUUGACCACAUUGCCAGCACAUCGGAGUCGUGUUCUCCAUACUGUGAGAAACACCUGCUGGGGAAGUCGCACUUUGACAGGGAGCAAAAGAACUGCCUUUUUGGAGGGUUGCUUGCGCUCCUUGUCACUGGUGACUCUCUGCUGCUGGCACACAGGACAAAUGCUAUGGUUUUGGUUGAUUGGCGAGGAAGAGCCAAAUAAUGUUAAAGGGCAAUACAUAAAAACCUGUAAAUGUGCUAGUAUUUCAGCCUGUACAGAAGAAACUUAAAGCGGCACGGUCAUGGCCGAAUCCUGCUGGUUUUUAUUUUUUUGGUUUGGUUUUUUAAUCCGCCUCCACUACCUCUAAUUGACCCCCCACUCUCCCCCAAAUGCCCUUAAGCACCCCAUAUUACCUAUUUUUUAAUCUUUAUUUUCUGCCCCGAUCUAUAUUCAGGGCGCCGCCAUCUUUGUGUGGUUAGAUGAAGUCCCUGUGGGACACGUCGUCUGCCCACACUAGACACUGUGAGAUUCCCGCACAUGCCCAGUUAAACACUAGGGCAUGCGAACGGGAAUUUCAUCCAUCCAUUCAUUCAUCAGAAAGACGAAUGAAUAGAAAUGUCAGACGAACAAACACUGUGUAUCAGCAUUUGUUAAUUCAGUUUAUUAGAAGGAGGGAGCUACCGGCGCACAGCUCCCUCCUUAUAAUAUGUAAAGAUAGAAGCGGCAGGGAGCCACUUCAUAAGCACCCCAGGUCCCCCCUCACUCUAUGGGAUUAAAAUCUCCCCAAUGCUCCCACUCGCUAUACCGUGAGUAGGGGCAUGUCCACUUAACAGUGAGCAGCCUGUGAUGUAUAGGGGGGGUUAGUAGGUUUUUUAUAUAACUGUGAGCAGCCAUAGGCUGCUCACUAUUUAAUAGACAUGCCCCUACUCGCGGUAUAGCGAGUAGGGACAGAAUUUACUAAUACUAAGUAAUCUUUACUUAGUAUUAGUAAAGUUGUCUGAAAGACCAAUUUAGGUCUUUCAGCAUUUUAGUAGAUAACUCCCUGAUACUGGGGUAAUUAGGGAGUUAUCUACUAAACGGCUGCAGGAUGCACCCACAGCACAAAUAGGAUCGGAGUUUCAUUCAUUCGAAUGAAAUUGCGAUCCGAACAAAGUCCCGAAUUGCAUCCUAACACGAAUGGAGAAACUGUUCUCCUUCUGUUAGGAUGCAAUUCGGCAGUUUCGUCAGUGUUCUAAGUGACAGGACGUUCGGCAAUACUGACAGGAAGCAUCAUGGGAACAGGUAGGAAAGCUAAGGGUCAUGGGAAAAUUGCUCUGACCAGCGGAAGUGAAGCACACUUUGCUCCUCCGCUGGUCAAGUGGAGGAAACCUCCAUAAGGCAAAGAGUCCCUACUUUGUCUUAUGAUUUUUAAAGAAAACUAAAGACAGGAAGAAAAGAACAGAUCCUGAGAGAGGGGGAGACGAGGAAGAGAUUGAGGAAAGGUAAGUUCGGCAUGACAGUGACGCUUUUAAUAAUCUUUAAUGGGGCAUGGGUGCCCAAAAGGAAGACACCCCCCCCAGCCCCAAAUGUUUUUAAAACUACAGCAUCCAUGAUGCUUUGGCAUCCUAAAUGCAUGCAAAGCAUUAUGGGAGUUGUAGUCUUACAUCUGGGGAUCUCUCUAUUGGGCUUCCCUGAUAUAAGACAAAGUUGUGUGUACAGUAACAGAUACACUUUGAUGUGGUGGGACGCUAUAAUUUGCUGUUGUAAAGCAUAGUUGCCAUUAUAAAGAAUCUUCUACAAAUGAAACUUUUUAAUUUUUUUUUCUAUGUAUAUGGCAGCCAAAAUGCAAAGGAAUAUGCAUGAGAAUUCAGGGGUAGAUGUGGCACGUUUUUGUGUUCGAAUACUCUUCAAACCUGAUGUAGCGUAUUUAUUCUUCCUUACAAUGAACUAAUUAACUAAUAAGCAAUUGACUAAUCGUUGGUUAGCAGUGCAAAUCUCCUUUUAAUAUAUCCUAUUGCUCAUGUUAAAGAAUGUUUAAGCCUUGCAGGAAUGUAAUGUAUCUUAGAAUGAUUUGGUUUUUGUGUAGAUAACCGAGAGUUCACCUAACUGUUUUUUUUUGGGGGGGGGGGGUUGUUUUUGUUUUUUGGCCCCUCUGCAUAGUUGCAUGUAAAGUAGUGGAGAAAUUGCAUAAAUUGUAUUAAAUUAUUUUAGGAACUAUUGGAUAACUUCUUUGCGUAUUGCAAGUAGAAACUCUUUAACUCCAUGACUUCAGUUGUAUUUAUUAAUCUUUUCUAAAAUAACCACACAUUUGGUCAAAAUAUUGCAAAGAUAGGCUUUGAAAACCAUGUAUCUCACGCAGCUGCCCGUCUAAAGUAAAUCCAAUGUCUAGACCUGUGCGGAUUUUGUCUUUGUAAUACACCAAACAUAACCUUGGAGGAGGGGAAGUUAAAAUUUCCUUCUGAAAAGGAUCUGGCGACAUUUCGCUUUUAGGAAACCUGGUCAAAUAUAGCUGAACGUAUAGGUCUGUGUGUGGUCUUAGAUAUGUUAACAGUUGGAACAUUGUUUCUUGGAGAUGACUUACUCCUUUGUCAACACAUGUUUUUAGAGAACACAUUUCAUUGAUAACGUUUUGUAUUUUGUCAUACAGAAACUAACCCUUCUUCAGGUCGCAAGUGCAAAGAAAAUGUGCAACAUCUUCCCAGAAACUGUAGAAAAUUCUCCAGGCUCUCCCUUCGACUUCAUACCUCCAAAGGUAAACUUGCAAGUCCUCCUUUCAGUCAUGAUUUAGUUAAUUUAAUGUUCCUGGAGUCACCAUUUAUUACUUUCAACAGCCAAGAAAUAGACGACGAACAAAAACAACGGCUCUGAUUCUGGAGGACCUGCUAUCGGAGUCUGAGGAGUCUGAAGAUGAAACAAAUGACAAAAAUUGGAAGCCUGGUGGCGGAGGGAAACAAACGAAAAAAGUAUUAACCGGGGUAAGCACUAGAUAUUGAAACUCAAGGGGGCCAUCUUCACUGGGGACCAUCCUUUUCUUAAGAUAAUUAUAUUUGUAAGAUACAAUUUUGAUGUCUUAAUUGCCAGAUCAAACUUUGAUUUCCCUCAUAGAAAGUAUACUUCUAUGGACAUAAUAAUAAUAAUAAUAAUGUCUUGGUAUCAUCAUAACUGUGGUCAGGACAUUGCGUGUUCAUUGCAAAUAUUAGUAUUAAAUCGGAGUUAAUUUCACCCCUUUUCUAUUAAAUACAGUGCUCUUGUAAGGCACGAUGUGGAAAUAAAAUGUGCCGCUGCAGAAAGACAAAGCAGAACUGCUCGGAGGAUUGCUGCUGUGACCCUUCAAAAUGCAGAAACCGAGAGAGUCCCAGUGUGAGUGCCUAUGGUGGACUGUAGCUCCCUUUUUGUUUUGCAGCCUCCUACUUUCUGAAAAUUGUAUUCUUUAACUGUUUAUGAGAAUUUUUAAGUGUCUUUAAAUUUGAAUGCUGGUUAAAGUUGUUGGAACAAGUGUAAUUUCUUUGCAUUUUUAAGGGUCUGGUUGUUUUUCUGUAUGACCUGGCUGCUGUGGCAUUCUACACAAGGAUAGCCUUAGACUUUCCCUCUUCUAACGUUAAGAUGCCUCCCACUGCUUGCUCACCUGUCACUAAAUUUUAAUAUACCUUUUUUUUUUUUUUUUUUUUUUUUUACCAAGAAAUUUUCAUAUUUUUAGACAUUCUUGAGUUUGUUUAUACUUCUUGUAAAUAGAAUACUUAAAUAUAAACAAUUGACUAAGGAACAGUAUUGGGUGAGAUUUGGAAAUACUCAUAUAAUUAGUAUCCUUCAGUUCAGAAAAAGUUGAAACCACUGUAGUUAGUAUAUAGUAUUCAACAUAUUGUGAAACAAAUUGAUGCAAUUUGGCUGCAAAUCAAAUCCAUAAAGUCCCUCCCUCAAUUUAAAACCUUAAAGGGACACUCCAGGCACCCAGACCACUUCAGUUAAUUGAAGUAAUCUGGUUGCUGUGACCCUUUUGCACUUAGUGCUAGAAUCGAAACCGUCGAUUAUCUGACGUUGGAAUCCUCACGGACCUCCAGCGUCAGAUUUUACCCAUAGAGGGACAUCGACGCUGGAUUCAGGUAAGUAGCUGAAGGGGUUUUAACCCCAUUAGUGAUGUGGGAGGGCGGGGGGCACUCCAGGAUUCUCUAGUGCCCAGAAAAUGGAUUUGUUUUCCUGGCACUGGAGAGUCCCUUUAAAAUACAUAUCUAUUUUACUCUUCAUUGGCAGCUUUAUAAUGUUUCCAACUUUAAUUUAGUCACAAGCUUUUGCUUUUAUAACUUUAAGUUCUUCCCAAAACUGUUUCAAAAUUUAACUCCUAACCUGUUACUCUGCUUUACCUUUUAAAUUUGGCCUUCAGGAUGAUGUAAGCGGAGAGGAUCAAUCACAGGAAUCUGAAAAUUCCUUAAAAGCAGAGUACCCAGCAGAUGUAACAGCUGGUGGCUCCUUCUUUACACCACCAUGUGUCACCCCCACCUCCAAGGUAUAGUAAAUGCCUACUUGAUUGGAUGUUUCACAAGUUAUAAUGCAUAUAUGUUUUUUAAAUGUUUAACUUCAAAUUAUUGCUGUUGCAGUUAAUGAUAUAAUUAUAACAAUGGUACUUUUUUCCAUUUCCUAGGUGCUCCGUGAAAUAGGUGAUAUAGGUCAAGUGCUUUCAUUUAGACUUCAACGGAAACAAAGCACUAGCUCAGAUGCACAACCCAGUUCAGAAUCUCAAGACAACCAGCCUUCAAUAUUUAAGAAAAAGAAAAAAGCUCUGUGCAACAGUAAUGCCAGUUUCUUCUCUGGUUUCUCCCCGAUCACAGAGGAUGAAUAAAGCAGAACAUAUGCUCAGAGGCUUUCAUUCUGCCACUGUACAACACAAACAUUCUUAGUCACAGCAUUGCCGUGUGUAGCAGAGUGGUAAAUGUCAUACUUGGGGUGAAACGUGCUGCUGAGUGUUAACUCCUUCUCAUUGAUUGGUGAAAACCUGAACAAACAACUAAGGAGUACGUGUUCAGAAAUUAAAACCUUGUAAAUAUUUAUGUGUGUGUGUCUGAAGCCUUAUGUCCAGGUUGCUUGGGUUAUGUGCCGAAGGAGAAUAAUAUACCCACGGUCUUGGGUUUUAUUUAAUAUUUUAAAUUGGUGAAGGGCACUGUAUAGGCCAAAAUCUAUGUAGUACCUUGUAGUUAUGCUGCCAGCAUACCCCUGGCGCUCUUCCCCAAGUUCUUUCAGUUUUUGAGUUUUUUGAAACUCAGGUGCUCAUGGCCUGCUAGCUUGCUUAGCAUUGUGGAAUUUACUUCUCCUCUGCAUUUUCAUUACUGAAAAGCAUUCUUUACUGGGUGAGAUGGCUGUCUCACUAAGCCAGUGAAUGCUGUCUAAAUAUGGACCUAUUAAUAUUGCUAAUGUGAAAGUGUAACAAAGGGCUGGGCUGCAAGAACCUUCUGUGUAAACUGUUUGAAAAUGGUUUGCCACAGAAUUGGGGAAAUGCCAGGUGCAUGCUGGAACCAUACCCACUGCAACAGGCUGUAUUGGUUGUGUUCUUUAAUUUUAGACUGGCAGAAGCCUUAGAGUAUAGUCAGUGUACAUAGUAACUAGUCCCAAAUGAACUGUGAAGUCUUAAAUUACUCCAAUCCCAGAUUCUCUGUAGAUUUCAUAAACCCUGUAGACCAAAGUCUGUCUGCUCUGGUCUACAGUGUCAGAUUGUAUUAAUGUUCUUGCAUCAAAUUCUUGUGAUUACUUUUUUUUAAAAAUUGAUUAACUCUAGGUUCUACUGUUUUUAUCAUGUAUCUGUCCAUCAUUAUUUACGCUAAACAUACAUUUUAGAUUUAAUACUAAUAAAAUAUGCAGAUUUUUUUCCCAUGUUCCUCUUAAAUUAUCGCCGCGUUGAAACAAGACGUAUUAUUAAAGUGUGUGUAUUUGUAUAAUCAG